AAAGACUACUCUAGAGACUAAUACUAGGGCUUUCUCAGUCAAAAAGUCCAUACAUUUUUCGUUCCACUCACAGUCACACACGCCAAUUCAAAUCUGAAAUUUCGUAUUUUUUCUCUCCUCUUCCUCGUACUCGAAUUGCAGAAGCUCGUUCCAGAAAAGAAAAAAUGCCGCUGGGAUUGAUACUAGGGAUCGGGAGGGCGAUGCGCAGGAAGCGUACAUCAUCACUUGAUAUCCUAUCUUCAAAGAGGGCACCAAGGAACUACUACAAAGGAAAGAAUUGCAAACCCACCGGAUUUCAUACCCGGAAAGGUGGCUAUGUUGUGGUGCAAGAAAAGCUGCCUAACUAUGUCGUACCUGAUCUUACUGAUUUCAAGCUUAAACCAUAUGUCUCUCAAUGCCCGCUGACCGCCAAGACAACUGAGAACACUGCGUCACAGUAGAUUGUCAAUAUUACAAGUAGCUGAAUUUUGAAGUUGCCAACUGCCACUGCAGCAGCUGUUUCUGGAGAAGUAAUCAAGUCAAGAUUGCAACAAGACUGGAGCAUGAAGAUUGAAGCCCUGGUUUGUCUUGUUCGUUGAAUCUCUUGUUAGCUUAUCUCGUUGGGAUACUCAUACUUUGCAUGAAGGCUGAAAUAUUCUUCAUGUAUUCUCGGCUUAGACCCUAAUGUACUUAGUCUAAUGAGAAAAAACAGGUUGUAUGGACUUCAUCAAACUCUGAUUAAUUUAUCAUCCUAGUUCAUUUUCUUAAGAA